UUGUCUAAUAAGGUUUUGCAAUGGUCUCCUCCAGCUCCGGUAGGCUACGACGACUUUGUUCUCUUGACAACGAUGCCAUCGUUAGCAUACUGUCUAAGCUACCGGUCAAAUCUCUAAUACGAUUCCGGUGUGUCUGCAAGUCAUGGUGUGCUUUGAUCUCCGAUCCUAGUUUUGCCCGUAUGCACCUGAGCAGUAUGAACACCAAGAGCUUCAAGCUCCUCCUCGGAACCAGUCCUCUCCGGUCCGUAGACUAUGAACCUUUAUUCAAGUAUAUUGGAGGCCAUGUUGAAAGAACCAGAGAGCUUGAUUAUCCGGUAAUGAUCCCAACCUCUUCUUCAAAAUUCUUUGGUUCUUUCAAUGGCUUGAUAUGUCUAGCACUUGACUAUGACAACAUUAUCUUAUGGAAUCCUUGUACCGGAGACUCCAAGCUGUUGCCAAAACCUGCUACGUUUUUUCAUAACAACAAUGAAUCUAGUUUUUAUGGAUUUGGUUACGAUUCCACCACCAAAGACUACAAGGUAGUUGGAGGCAGUUCUAACCACAACACAGUUGAGGUCUUUGCACUCAAAACUGGUUCAUGGAAGAUCCAUCGAGACAUUAAUAGACAUGUGAGGUUGAACGGGCAGGGGUGCUUGCUAAAUGAAGCUUUACAUUGGGUACAUGUUGAUCUUCGAAGCAAUGGUAGUGAUUCAAUUAUUGUUUUACAAAUAGUGUCUUUUGAUUUGGUGGAGGAGACACUUCAAGUGAUGAUGCCAUUCCCACAUCCUUUUCCUGUUAAUCAGUAUUACAUCCAUAAUCGGCUUAAUUUCUCUGCCGGAAUUGGGACUAUGGCUAAUUGUCUCACCUUAUACAUGAUAUCAAGGCAUGACGGUGUGAGUAUAUGGAUGAUGAAAGAAUAUGGGGUAAAAGAAUCUUGGAUUGAAGUCAUACGAAUUCCUCUAGAGGUUUUGCCUACAAAGGUCUUGUCCUGGAGGCCUUUAUGCAUUUCAGAGAAUGGUGAAGUUUUAAUCAAGUGUUGUAAAAAUAGCUUGGCUCUAUAUGAUCCAAAGAAAAAAACAUUUAUGAGUUCCUUCGAGACUCAUGUGGAGUAUUGGUUUGAAUCAACUACUUAUAUAUCAGACCAUAUAUCAGACCAAAGGGAAGCAAUUACGUAUCUAGAGACUUUAGUUUCACCGCAAACUGGCAACGACGCAGGUUAAAGUCCAGAGGCAAUCACAAUGGAGAAGAAGGGUGCAAAAGAGGAGGUUGUACCCUUAGAAAUACCAGCUUCUCACUGUAGGACUGAGAAGGUUACUUG